UUUACCAACAUAUAGUUGAGCACACUCAGUGUGGAAUUGCAUGAUUAGGUCUAGUGAAAACUAUAAUUUAGGUUUAGUAUAGCGUCGGUUUUCCGCUAGUUUAGUACUUAGCACAGUUACGGUUCAAUAAUCGUUUAUUACAAACAAAUACAGCGCAAGAGGGGAAGUAAAAUAAAUAAAAAAUGUGGACCACAAAAUGUUCAAUUACAUUACUGCUUACCGUAUUUAUCUGUGAAAUAACGGCUCAUCGUUGGAUGUCGUAUGAAGUACCACAAAAUAAUGCCUGUCGCACUCCACUCGGCGACUGGGGUAUGUGUGUAUCAUUGAAAUACUGUCAGGAGGUAUUGACACUCUAUCAACGACUGGACAUGAAUCAAGCGACACGGUAUACGAAGGCUCUACGCAAUAUUUGCUAUAAUCGACUAACUUCAGACAAUUAUCCGAUCCUUUGCUGCACUCGCCCGACCUUCGAAGACGCAAAUCAGAACGAUAAUCAAGUUCUUUCAACUACGCUCGUGCCCACGUCAGCAAAUGUGACAACAACAACAUCCACAGUAUCGCCAGAAAUUAACAGCGAUGACCGUUCCGCGUCCGAUGGCGUAAAUUCACCACCGGAAACCUGCCGCGUUCCACACGACGGCAGUCAGGGCAACUGCAAGCCUCUACAAAACUGCGACGCUUUGCUAAAACGCGCGAAACAAAAUCCCACCGACACCGAGUUCCGUAAACAAUUAGAGCUUUCCAAUGCAAUCUGUUACAGCAUCGGCACGAAUGUUUGCUGCCCGCUAGAGCAGCGAAAAGCAAUGACGCGUUCCAAUGAUGCGGCCUGGCAUUUGCCGACGGAAGAUGAAGGUUGUGGGAUCACACAUCUAUCGUCGCUGAAAGUGGUUGGCGGUGGUGAUAGCAGUAUUGGCGCUUGGCCGUGGAUGGCCUUAGUCGGGUAUGACCGUUAUAGUUUGUCACCUUUUCGUUGUGGCGGUUCGUUGAUAACAGCGCGACACGUGCUGACUGCAGCUCAUUGCAUUUUGAGAGAUUUAUCGUUUGUACGUUUAGGCGAAUAUGAUUUGAGCACAGAAACGGAAACGAAACACGUGGAUAUCGAUGUUGUAAAGUCAGUACGACAUCCCGAUUUUGGUGCCCGAGAUCGACGCUAUGACAUAGCAAUCCUAUAUCUGGAGAAAAAUGUAGAUUUCACAGAUUACAUAUGCCCCAUAUGUCUGCCUGCUUCCGCGCAGCUACGAAAUAAAUCAUAUUUGGGUCAUCAUCCUUUCGUUGCGGGUUGGGGACGUUUGAUGGAAGGUGGACGUUCGUCAAAUAUUUUACAAGAACUACAAAUUGAAGUUAUGGACAAUUCUGUAUGUCGACAAUCUUACCAGGCCAAUAAUAGACUUGUCUCCAAUCAGCAAUUCGACAAUACUGUAGUAUGUGCCGGCGAUUUGGGUGGCGGACGUGAUACCUGUGGCGGUGAUUCCGGUGGACCGCUAAUGGUGGCAGAGCCAUAUAAAGGUGUAACCCGCUUUUAUGCACUCGGUGUGGUUUCGUACGGCAUUGGUUGUGGACGCAUUGGUGUACCGGGUGUUUACACGAAUACUCAAAGUUACAUAGACUGGAUAUUGGAACGCCUAGCGGAAACGAAUACAUACCACUUAGAUUCAAGUUUAAUAUAUUCAAAAUUUAAAAUGAAGGCAUUUAUUCCGUUACUAAUAUUCGCCUUUGCUGUGCUGCCUCACGCUGUGCUCUCGCAAGCCCAAUACAACUGCGUGACGCCAGAAAAUUAUUAUGGUUACUGCGUGCUAUUACAAUACUGUCCACAAAUAGCGAACGUUUUCAAUAUCCGCAAUCGCAAUCAAGCCGAACGCUAUGUUAUAACCUCACAACGCUCGUGCGGUACACGAAGUGUCAACGGUGAUCCAGUGGUUUGCUGUUCACGACCAGUAAAUCCAGCGCCCCAGCCGCAACCGCAACCGCAACCACAGCCACGACCACUACCACAGCCUCAAGUACGACCACAACCAUUACCACAGUCAAGACCGCAACCGCAACCACAACCUGCACCACAAAUACGUCCACAGCCCACCACUGAAAGUCCAACUAAUCCCUUCUUGCCGCCAACCACAUCGUCACCAGUCAUAAUUCAACCGAGACCACCGCCAAAUCAAGGUCAGCUCUCUUCCACAACGACUCGUCCCACAACAGCGCCCGCUCUAAGCAAUACAAGUCCACCUGUUGAAAUCGGCGAACGUUUGACAGGCGACACAUGCGUGGAUCCGAAACUAAGACGCGGCGUUUGUGUUGCCAUUGCUAAGUGCACCCAACUGGUUACCGAGCUUUACGCCAAAUCGAAUGACCCCGAGUUUGUCGAUUUCCUACGCGCAUCCAAUCGCAAUUGUGGUGGUGUUCGUUCCGUGGCAUGUUGUCCAACCAGCGAUAAUGUUAUUACAGACCCGUCGGUCACAGUGGUCAACCGCGAUGAAAUACCUACACGUCCACCCACAUUGGAAGAGGGUUGCGGCUACACGCAUAACACCUACAAGAAAAUUGUUGGCGGCGAAGUGAGCAAGAAGGGCGCUUGGCCAUGGGCUGUGCUCUUGGCCUAUACUGACGGCUCAUCGAGCUCACCAUUCAAGUGUGGUGGCACCUUGGUGACGGCGCGGCACGUCGUCACAGCAGCCCAUUGCAUACGUAGUGAUCUCGCUUAUGUACGUUUGGGUGAACACGACCUGAGCACCGACACUGAGACACGCCAUGAGGAUGUGAACAUUGUGCGGAAAGAAGCCCAUCCGCAGUAUAACAAUCGCAAUGGCAAGAACGAUGUGGCGGUGCUGUGGCUAGAGCGCAACGUAAAAUUCAGAGAAACAAUUUCACCGAUUUGCUUGCCCACCGCAACGGCGAUACGCCAAAAGAAUUACACCUCUUUCACACCCUUUGUCGUGGGCUGGGGCAAGACAAUGGAGGGUGGCGUCUCGUCGAAUGUCUUGCAGGAACUGCAAAUACCGAUCUUCGGGAACCAUGUCUGUGAAAGUAGCUACAAGAACAUCAAGCGUCUAGUGUCCAAAGAUCAAUUCGAUGAUAGUGUGCUGUGCGCUGGCGUGCUAUCAGGCGGCAAGGAUACGUGCCAAGGUGACUCAGGUGGUCCACUGAUGAUACCGGAGACUUACAACAACAAUGUGCGCUAUUACUUGAUCGGUGUGGUCUCGUAUGGUGUUGGCUGUGCGCGUCCCGAUGUGCCCGGCGUUUACGCCAGUGUGCAGCAUUAUGUCGACUGGAUAUUGCAGAAGAUUGCCGAUACACGACCCGGACUGGCUACAUUUUCACGUAUUUAAUACAAAUCUUUAAUA